UGAAGCCACGAAAGUAUGAAAGCUUCAAGGUAGCGUACGUUAGCCAGUUAGCAACGGUCAGUUUAACGGCAGCUAGCUAACUUAGUACUCCAAGUCAGUGCACGUAAAGAAGUAAACAUGCCAGGAGAGCUGAAUUAAUCAUGAUAAAGUGUUUGCCUGUUGAGCUCCAGGGGAAACUCCGCUCCGGUGUUGCCAUCCCUUCCCUUCAGCAGUGCGUAGAGGAGCUUAUUCUGAACAGCAUCGAUGCCGGGGCGACCUGUGUGGGAGUCAGGAUGGACAUGGACGCUUUUAAAGUCCAGGUAAUAGACAACGGUGCAGGGGUGAGCGCCGAGGAUAUGGAGUGUGUGGGAAGCAGAUACUACACGAGCAAAUGCAGCUCUGUGGACGACCUGGACAACCUCAGGUGGUACGGUUUCAGAGGAGAAGCCUUGGCCAGUAUGGUGUCUUUAGCCACUCUUGUUGAAAUCUCAUCUCGGACCAGAUCAUCAGUGAAAACACACGUUAAAAUGUUCAAGGAUGGCAAAGGAUUGGAUGUGUUCGAAGCGGAGAAUGCUCGACCUUCUGCAGGAACAACUGUCAUCAUCUGUAACUUCUUCCACAACAUGCCAGUCCGGAGGAAGAGGGUCGAUGCCGUCCUGGAGGGUGAGAGGAUCAGACACAGAUUGGAGGCAGUUUCCCUGAUGCACCCCUCAGUGUCCUUCACCCUGAAGAACGACUGCACAGGAGCCAUGAUGGUGCAGCUUCCUAAAGCCAGAAACACCUAUCACAGGUUUGUUCAGAUCCACGGCCUCGCACGAGCAGAGAAACUGGGAGAAAUCAGCCACGCACACAAGCAGUUUGAGGUGAUGGGCCACCUCGGCAAAGAGGGCCACUACAACAACAGCUUGCAGUUCCUGUAUGUAAACGACAGGCUGCUGUUGAAAACACGGAUCCACAAGCUGUUGAACUUUCUCCUGCGCAGAUUAAGCAGCUCAAGCCAGAAAAGUGACGCCUCAGAUGGGCCGUCGGUCAUCAGGAGUCCAAAACACAAACGAAGCCAGGAGCUGUAUGGGGUCUACAUCAUCAAUAUUAAAUGUGCUUACUCAGAGUAUGACAUUUGUCUUGAGCCUGCCAAAACUCUAAUCGAGUUCAAAGAUUGGGAUGGGAUUUUGCUCUGUGUAGAAGAAGCAGUGAAAGCUUUUCUGAGCAGGGAGAAUUUGGUGGCUGUACUCUCUCAAGAUGACUUGGAUUAUGUAUCUCCACAAGUGUUUGGCGCCGAUAUAACAGAACAAGAAGAGACUAAAAAAGGUGGCUUAGAAUCUGUUGGUGCUUCUUCCCUGGAUUGCAGCAUUGGAGUGAAACUGGCAUCUGGGUCUGUUCAUCGUAGGCACGCAGACGUCAGUGUGUGUACAGAUUCUUGCCUGAUGGAGUGCACGGCAGAUGAGACUGAUCAACAAGGGCAGAAAAGGACAACUGCAGAUGAACUGGGAAAGAUACAGAGCAAAAAAUAUGUAAAUAAAGGAUGUAUAGAGGAGCCACAGUGUGAUCCGGCUACACUGGAGCCUGCAUCGCAUACUAACAAUGACGAGGAGCAAGUAUUUAGUGAAAGCGAUAAAAUGUUAUAUAUGUCAGAUGGGCUCGAUGGUGUAGUUUCUGAAGACAGAGAGAUCCUGACAAACAGUGCUGCCUCAAUAAGCAAUGUACAUUCACUCCUUAUUAAACAGCCUGAUUUAAACCGUAUUGAGCCGACAGUACCAGAUUACCAAAGCUAUGAACGGACUGUAAUAAGUAACAGAAGGAUCGGUUUGUCAGACCCAUACAUCCAUGAAAGCCUCCACACUCAGAGUCUCUCCCAAACCAACAGCAAAGUACAUCAGGAGCAAGAUUUAACUGUGAAACAUGGAGAAGGAUCCGUGGCAUCAAAACGCAAAAUCUCACUGCAUGCAGGCCACGAUGGAUCUUCUCAGAAACUGUCAUCUGCUGCUAUCGUCCCCUCAAAAAUCCCCAAAGUAAUUUCUUAUCAGAAGUUAUCCACCUAUAAGGAGUCUUGCUCUCUCGACAGGUUUAGAAGAAUGUAUGUUAAAUCUGAUGAACAUAAAUUACCGAAUCAUCUUGAGGCGCAGAACAACAACAGACCUCCUCAGACAGACAGCUUUGUUCUGAAUCCUAAAAAUACAUUAGCUUGUCAGGAAGAUCAGCGACAUGGUGAUGUGACAGAGACUCAAGAGGGAGACGAGACACAGAGCAGCUCCCAAAGCUUAGCUGUCACCAAGCUAAAACCAGCCUCAGCUCAGAGUAAAGGUAAAAAAUCUUUGGCGGCUAAGCUCUGCCAUUUAAAGCAACACACCACAGAGGAUCCAGAAGUAUCACUACACAUGUCCAGGACUACCUCAGAGGAAAAUGUCUGUCUCAGUAGCGGUAGUGAUGCUAUCCAAGAGGGCAAUGACAGUGAGAAUCCCUGUGACCCUGCACCGAAUCUCCAGCUGGACUUGGGCUGCAGCACAGAUCCUCAACUGGAUGAACAGGAAGCGGAUCCAACAUCAAGCGACUGGCUUCAUCACUACGACACGUCUGUUGGAAAGACAGUUUACGUCAACAGAGUGACCGGGCUCAGCAGAUAUGAGGAGCCAGCGACAGAAGAAACACAAGUGCGCUGUACAUCUGAUGUCACGAAUAUGGCAGUUAGUGUCAUGUCUGAAAUGGGGAUGGAAUACAGGUGUUACCCAUUUCAGGUGGAUCUAGUGUUGCCUUUCCUGCCUAAAUCCAGGCCAGACAGAGUGAUUAGCUCAGGGCCUGAUUACAGAGAUGACGUCGGUGAGAGCAGCAACUCACUUUCGUCAUUGUACUCAAAAUGGAAUAAUCCAGUGUUUGUCCGCCCUCCAAUGGUCGGCGUGGAUAUUUCCAGCGGACAAGCUGACGAAUUGGCCGUGAAGAUCCACAACAUCCUGUUUCCGUACCGCUUCUCUAAAGCCAUGAUUCACUCGAUGAAGGUUAUUCACCAAGUGGAUAAAAAGUUCCUCGCAUGCCUCAUCAAUACAAGAGACGAGGAGUCAGGGGCACACACUGAAACGGAAGGAAACCUUUUGGUGCUGGUGGAUCAACACGCCGCACACGAGAGAGUUCGGCUUGAAAAUUUAAUUGCAGAUUCAUAUGAGGACGAUCCAGAUGCCCAGGGGGAGAGACGUCUGUGUUCGUCAACCAUUUUGCCGCCUCUUGAGAUCAGCGUGUCCGAGGAGGAGCUCAGGCUGCUCAGGUCUUGUCAGCCACAUUUGAGGAGUUUGGGCCUGGAGGUAACUUUCUCACAGGCAGCAGAUCCACGAGUGUUUGUAGGGAAAGUUCCGUUGUGCUUCACGGAAAAAGAGAGCAACGAGCUCCGGCGAGGACGACCGUCUGUUAUCAAGCCUGUUGUUGAGGAGUAUCUUCGAGAGCAGAUUGAGCUACUACGCUCAGCAGGUAGAGUGAGAGGAACUUUGCCUCUCACUGUUCUCAAAGUGCUCGCCUCGCUAGCGUGCCACGGUGCCAUCAAGUUCAACGACACUCUAAGCAGAGAUGAAUGCUGCAGCUUGGUAGCGUCCUUGUCUUCCUGCCAGCUGCCUUUCCAGUGCGCUCACGGCCGUCCAUCGAUCGCUCCCCUUGUGGACAUCCUUCAUUUGGACAAAGACCAGAAGGAAUCAGAGAAACCAAACAUCCAGAAGCUGAGGAGAAUGUACAAAGCAUGGCAACUCUAUGGACAUAGAUAAGUGGGUGUGUAUUUUAUUUUAAAUAUGUAUUUUAAUACCAAAUAAAUGAAAUCCAACUCAUA